AUGACAUGUGGGCUAUCAAUUAGUUACAAGAGAGCUUGGACUGGUGUUGAGAAGUCUAAGGCUAAUGUGUUUGGAGAUUAUUCCAUGUCAUUUGACGAAUUGCGUUGGUGGGUUGAAGCAGCUAGGUGUUCCAAUCCAGAUAGUGUGUUCGAUAUCGACUUUGAUCCCCAAACCAAGCAUUUUGUGAGGAUGUUUGUUGCAUUUCGAGCUAGUAUCUACGGUUUCAAUCAUUGUAGACCUAUGUUAUUUCUUGACGGGACAUUCUUGAAGGCGAGGCAUAAGGGUUGCUUGCUGGCUGCAUCAGCGAAAGAUGGUAACAAAGGUUUGUUUCCUAUUUGCUUUGCUAUUGUUGACGCUGAAACAAAUGUUAGUUGGAGUUGGUUUUUAGGUAAGCUGCGUGAUAUUUUGAGUAAUGAGAGGGACAUUGUUUUCUUUUCUGAUAGAAAUGAUGGAAUAUGUAGUGGAAUUGCUAACAUAUUCCCACGGAGUCCCCAUUCAUAUUGCUUGUAUCAUCUAAAAAUGAAUUUGAGACAUGCUUUGAGUGGUCUGAAAGGUGGUUUUAAGGAACACUUAGUUAGCCUAUUUAGUUUGUGCGCUCAUGCGCCGAAUGAGAAGAUGUUCGAUGAUCUCAUUACUGAUUUGAAGAGCCAGGGUAAGGGUAGGGUUAUAACGUUCUUGUCAAGGCUGCCAAAAGAACACUGGGCAUGUGCGUUUUUUCCCUGGUAAACGGUAUGGAGAGAUGUGCUCAAACUUGGCGGAGUGCUUCAACAAUUGGAUCAAGGAGGAGCGUCAUCUUCCGGUGACACAGCUCAUUGACCGAAUCUGUGUGAAAAUGAUGGAGAAUAUUGCUAAAAGAAGUCAAGUUGCUGCAAAAUGGAACUUUUCUAUCUGCCUGAACAUGAACAAAGAGCUGGAGAACUCAUUUCAUGUUUCAAAGUCAUGGAAUGUAAAGCGCUCAACUACUGAUGUCUUCGAAGUCCUUUAUGAUCCUUCUGUAAUGGUAAAUCUCUCCAAUCAGACAUGCUCGUGCUUCGAGUGGCAGUUUAGAUGUUUCCCGUGUUGCCAUGCAGUUUGUGCCAUUUACAAUAGUGGAAAGGACUUGCAAAACUAUGUCGGUCCUUACUAUAUGGUUGAGACAUACCGUGAGGUGUACUCGCUGCCAAUAUAUCCGAUACCUACCUUGUGGAAGCCUGCACCAGGUGGCAAUGAGGAUACCAUUCUUCCACCAUUGUCAAGGAAGCCAUCUGGACGACCUCGAAAAAAAAGGCUUCGGUCAAAUGGCGAGAAGAUCAGACCAAUACAGUGCAGCAGGUGUGGGAAGGUUGGAAGACACAACCGAAAGACCUGCAAAGAAGACUUGAGGGUUGCUGAUUGAAGAUAUG